UAACCAAGUGGACAGUCCCUCAUCUGACUCAGUAUUGAUUUUGCUACAAUAACAAAGAUCCAAAAAAACAAACGAAAGGCAACGCAAAUCUGCAGUGAACAACUUGGGGAUGGCGAAAUCCGUCCUGCAUCUGGGGCUCCUGCUCCUGUUCUUGCUGGGUACCUGCCGCUUGAUCCGUUCCAGCGACAUCACAGACAAGGUCUUCGGGAACAUCCGUGAGGGAAUCGUGGCAGCCUUCGGAGACUUCAACUCCGACGAAUUCACAGACGUUUUCAUCAUUGGCGACAAAAUGACAACGCUACGAAUACUCUACGGUCACUAUACGGAGCCCUUGCUGAUGCAGGGUCCCUAUUGCCAAUACAAUGGCAAAAAAAUUGUAAGCGUAAUCCCCGGAGACUUUGAUGGCGACGCUCAGAUGGAUGUCCUAAUCAACAUUAAGAGCAGCGAGGGCAAGGAUGCUUACGAUGUGUAUAUCAAUUGGGGCAACACCACAGAGCUCCAGUGCGCACAAGAGCCCUUGUUCUCCAGCAGGGGUGAGGUUAUGGCCCUGGACUUUAACCGAGACAUGAUCAUCGAUCUCUACGGACUGGAUUCAAAUAACGAAAGGACAUUUUGGAUAUUCAACAGCAGCAGGAAAGCGCCGGAAGUACGCCAUCAGGCGGAACCAACGGGAGUAACUUCAAGCACCUUGGCCAUUCCAAAUGCCAAUGCCUAUCUCGAUCGCAACGGCGAUUUCUUAGCCGAUCUGUUCCUGCAGACUAAAGAUUCGUAUGAGGUCUGGUACGGGAUCAACGAACGCGACAAACAGGAAAACUUCAGCUACAAGUACGAAAUUAAGUUCCAGCCAAUUGGAGGCAAUGAUUACCAUAUCGGUCAGGCUGUUUUCAUGGACUUUGAACUGAAAGGAGAGCAGUAUAUCGUGGUUCCAUUUUGCAUCCAUGCCAGCUGCAGGAACUCGUCGAUUAUGGUCCACGAUGGCACGGAUUUUCACAACCUUCAUGUCAACUUUCGCGAUCCCAAUGGCAUUACAUGGGCUUUUGUGCCACCUGAUCCGGAAGACAUUUAUUUGAGAACCAUUACUGCGCGUAGCUCGGAUUUCAAUCUGGACGGGUAUCCCGAUCUGCUGAUCACGCUCCAGCCGUUAAACGUCGGAAAACCAGUCAUGCAAACGUUCUUGCUGGAAAACGUACCAUGUACUACGUGCAACAAACCCUUGAAGCGAACCUUCGAGGUUCGUUGGAACGCGCUGUCUCCCAUGGGAAACAAUACUGUGGCUGGAGCUUUCUAUGACUUCUACCAGGAUGGUGUUCUGGAUGUGAUACUCAUCCGGAAGAAUCAAAACGGCGAAUACCAGCCCCUAGCUUUCCUCAACACUCUAGACUAUGAUGCCAACUUUGUUAAGGUCAUUGUGCUAACUGGACUGGACAACAAACAGAACCCGGAACGACGUACCGCUCUGGGUAGGAAACAGCGCACCUAUGGAACUAACUUGCCAGGUCCUCGGAUCACAUACAGCACAACCACUCAAGAUGGCGAUCAGCAGUGUGGGAGCAGUGUUCAGCUGCCCCAGGCAUCGUACUUCGCCCUGCAGCUACCAUAUACCUGUUUUGGACUGGGCCGAACGCCCAAUUUCGUGGACCAACUGUCUGUGGGCCUGGGCAGCAAGUAUCGCAAUUUUACCCAACUCAUUCCCAACUCACAGAUCAUCGUUGUGCCAAAACCUCUAGACUCCCCGUCGCACUGGAAGGCCCAGCUCUUCGUAACACCCAGUAAGCUCAUCCUAAUGAGCGUUGUGGCCCUGGGCGGUACCUGCCUAGUCAUCGUCUUCAUUAUCCUGGUUUUGUAUAUUAAAGAAAAGCGCGAGGAUAAGCAGGAACGGCUGCAAGAGUCUCACAGAUUCCAUUUCGAUGCAAUGUAGGGUCGCAAUUCAUAAAUAUAAGUAUUUCUUUUGAUGCCCUCAAGUGGUUCAAAAUAAUUUAACAUUUAACAAUUGUGUAAUAAAAUUAUUAUUUAAGGAUUCUCCUCUGUUGGUAUCUACCCGGAAUCUAUGUACAUAAAAGCAAAUACAGACAAAUUUUUUAUGCUUAUUUUUCGGAGAGUUCCUUCCCAUAAUGGUACCAGCAGGAAGUUUCCUUUACUCUAAUAUUUAUAAUUGUAUACAAAUAAUUUCAAAAAUGUGAUAAUAAUAACGUACAUUUGUUCCAAAA